AUGAACGGUGCGCAAGUGCGUAUUGCAGAAACGAUUAACCAAUUUUACGAAGAUUCUACCGAAAACGUAUAUGCUGGAAGGAAAUACAAGGAGGCCAUUGACGAGUUAGAACUUAAUUGUCGAACUCAUUUGGAUGAACCAUAUGGUCAAACGGUAACGGAGCCUGUCGCCCGUUUUUGUGCUUAUUUUCCGCAUAUAAAUGAAGCUAUUAAGAAACGUGAAAAAAAAUUAUUGGACUAUGAUGCCCAUCGUAGCAAAGUUCGCAAGAUGGUUGAAAAGUCAUCAGAUGAUCCUACCAAGUUGUCAAGAGCCGAAGAAGUAUCAAAUAUGGCUCGAGAACUUUACGAGUCGCUAAAUACCCAAUUAAUAACUGAAUUACCUAGGUUGAUUGAUCUCAGAGUUCCCUAUCUGGACCCCACGUUUGAGGCGUUGGUAAAAAUUCAACUUAAAUUCUGUCAGGACAGUUAUGACAGUUUAAAUUCGUUGCAAGAAUAUUUUCCCCCUCAAGAUUCUCCUGUGGAUAGUAGGAUUGAUGAGACAGACCUACCGCCAUUAAACGAUACGCCCUUUACACUGGAAGAACUUUCAAAAUUCACCGGUAGCAACGAAAAAGAACCAAUUUAUGUUGCAGUAAAGGGCAUAGUAUUUGAUGUAUCAGAGAACCGUCAGUCGUACGGACCCGGUGGUAAUUAUCAUAUUUAUGCUGGUAAAGACGUCUCAAAGGGCCUCGGUUUAAGCUCCUUGAACCCCGAAGACGCCAUUGGAAAUUAUAGCACAUUGAAUGAAGAACAGGUAGAUGCCUUUUCUGCUGCUCAAUCGUUUAGAUUAUUUUUCGCCUAUAUAUGA